AUGCAUGAAGAUCCAACCAUUUGUCCCAAAAACAGCGACUUGUGGAAGAGGCAGAAUCAAUUCCUUUACCCUACAGCCUACGUUCCAGUGAAUCAGGGCAGACCAACAUCAUUGCAAGGAAUGAUGCUCUAUACCAAAGAAGCCCCUGCAUCAUACAUCUACAUUGGAAGAGUCUUGAACCCAAGGCCUCUCGCUUUGAUACCAUUUAACGCAGGAAGACCCAACCAUUCAUCCCAAAAGCUGCGACUUGUGGGAGAGGUGGAAUCAAUUCCUUUAUCCUAUAGCCCAUGUUCCCUUCAAUCGGGGCAAUCCCAAAUCAAUGCGGGAAAUGAUGCUCCAAUCCUAAAUGCUCCUGCAUCGAUGUAUGUAUAUAUUUGUUUUAGUUGGUUAUCCUACAACCAUUUGACUCUACAGAAUCUACAAUUGUUCUAA